UAUCAGGCGCGGUAUUGCGAAUAGGAAGACAGUUGAAAACAAUUAGCUAGCAAGGUUGGAGUUGCUAGUUCAGCUGAAAGUGAGAAUGGCCUUGUUUUUGUCGCGAUGAGCUAUGAUCAAAACGUAAAAAGGAAAUAAAAUACCAGCUGUACUAAAAUCGAUUACUUACAGCCACGUAAGUUUUCAGAAAUUAAGGACUUCUGCCGUUUUCCGUGGUGCCUUGGCUGGAUUAGCCAGCUAGUCUAACUCCGACAUGAGCGCUUCUCGGCUGGUAAAACAGCUGCAGAAAGCCAAGAGCAAGGCUCAGGGCAGCAACAAUCUGAAAGAAGAGGCAAGCUUGUGCAACCAGCUGGGAGAGGCACUGGCUAAAAAUGGUGACUUCCAGGCCGCCAUUGAGGAACACCGGCAGGAACUGGCCCUCUCUGAGGUGCUGCACGACGUGAUUGGCUGUGCUGUAGCCAAUCGGAAGAUUGGAGAGUGCUUUGCAGAGCUGGGAAACUUUGAGGCAGCUUUGAAGUACCAGCAUCUCCAUCUGGACCUGGCUCGCUCAGUCAGGGACGCUGCGGAGGAGCAGAGGGCGCUGGCCACCAUUGGUCGGACUUUCCUGUUCCGUCACGAGUCGGACCAAUCGCAGGACAGCCUCCGCCAGGCAGAGGACGCUUUCAGGAAGAGCUUGGCCAUCGUUGAUGACCGCUUGGAAGGUGUGGUGCCCCCCCGGGAGCUGAGUGAGAUGCGGGCUCGGCUCUACCUGAACCUGGGCUUUGUGGCCGACGGGCUGAAGGACCCGGAGCGCUGCACCGAGCUCAUCCGCCGGAGCAUCUUCAUCGCAGAGAAGAACCAGCUGCUGGAGGACCUGUACCGCGCCAAAUUCAACCUGGGGCGCAUCCAUUUCCGCAACGGGGCCCCCUCCAGCGCCGUGCGCUGCCUGGAGCAGGCCAAGGAGUGCGCCCGAAAAAUGAAGGACAAGUUCGGGGAGAGCGAGUGCAGCCACAGCAUCGGCCAGGUGCAGUUGUCCCUGGGAGACUUUGUGGCAGCUCGGCGCUCUCUAAAGAAGGCGUACACUCUGGACUCCCAGCAGCCCUCAGACCGAGACGCUGUGAAGAGAGCUUUCAAACACGCGAUCCAGGGCUGCCGCCUGGAGCAGGCGCUGUCGGACCUGGGUGAGGGGCGGCCGCAGGAAGCCGUGGGUGUGGCCGAGCAGCUGGGAGACCUGUACUGCAAGGUGGGCUGCUACAGCAAGGCUCUGGAAGCCUACCGCUCACAGCUCUCCUACGCGCUGGCCCUGGGGAAACCCUCCAGGGAGCUGGCUGUGAUCCACGUCUCCCUGGCUGCGACCUACGCUGACCUCCGUCAGCCGCACAAGGCCGUGGAACACUACAGACAGGAGCUGGAGCUGCGACAGAACAACCCCAAGGAGGAGUGUGAUUCGUGGCUGAAUAUCGCAGCUGCUGAAGAGGAGGCUGGGCGGAGCCUAGAGGAGCUGGACAACUGCUACAGCACCGCCCUGCAGUGUGCCAAGAGAGCUGCACUCCCAAAACUACAGCGGCAGGUCCUGAGGGUGUGGCUUGCCGCUCAGCAGCGAAGAGGCUCCGCCCACUGUGAUGACACGUCAGCCCAGCUCCAGGAGCUGUGUGCGGCAGACAGUGGUAGCGAGGGAGAGGAAGAGGAAGAGGAGAACAGCGAGGCCUUGGAGGAUAGCGACAUCCAGCUCUCUGACUCUGAUGAGGAUCUGGAAGAGUACGACCGGAUGGUCCCUGGGAGGAGAACUGCAGGACGGUGGAACCGGAGAAAUGAGAAGGGUGAGACGUCCCUGCACCGGGCCUGCAUCGACGGGAACCUGCGGCAGGUCCAGUACCUGGUGGAACAGGGUCACCCAGUGAACCCCCGAGAUUACUGUGGCUGGACCCCUCUCCACGAGGCCUGUAACCAUGGUCACUGCGACAUUGUGUCUGUGCUGCUGGCCCAUGGGGCCCAUGUGAAUGACCCUGGGGGGCCGCUGUGUGAGGGGGUGACCCCCCUCCAUGACGCCCUGUCCUGCGGACACUUCCAGGUCGCACAGCUGCUGGUGGAGAAGGGAGCUUCCGUCACCGUCAGGAACUCUAAGGGCGAAGCCCCCCAGGACACUCUGCGCCGCUGGCUGAAGACGUACAGCCGGCACCUGGACCCGGAGACCCGGCGGGAGUGCACCGAGAUGGAGAGAGCGCUGAGGAGAGCUGCUGCGGGGAGAGCAGGGGGGGCGGUGCCAGCCCGGGCCAGUAACGGGCUGCAGGACAGCCAGCUGUACGACGCGGAGAACUCCGAGCCACUGGUGCCCCCCCCUCGGGAGCGCUCCCCCGACCCGCACCCCGAGAAGAGCAGGGGGCGGGAGGACCGUGCAGUACCACAGAGCCCCACCAGGAGGCGCUCCGGGGGCCAGCCGCGCCGAGCGCAAGACACCGUUCUGUUUGAGGAAGAGAGCAGCUCCUCAGACCACGGCGACUCAGACUGCUCCGUCAGUCCCCUACGGCCUGUGAGGCCCCGCCUACGUUUCCCAGAAUCCUCUCCUCCCCAUGCUAGGUCAGGGGAGGUGGGUCUGACGCAGGGUGUUCUCGCGGCAACAGGGACCGACUCGGCGGUGCCCGCUGUCUCCACGGCAGAGGAGUACCUCAGGGCCAUUCGAGGUCUGGGCAGCGCCAAGUCACGCCUCCUCCACGCCCAGGACCAAUCAGAGCCUGAGUGCAGCCCAACGUCGUCUGCAUCGGCCAAUGGCAGGUCGGCGCUGGUCCCGGCGGAGGAGUAUGUGGAGGACGAUUGGCUGGAGGAUGACUUGGGGGAGCUGCAGCCGAGGAAGAGGAGGAGAGUGGGCGUUGUGCAGGAGCCCCGCCCCAUGACAUCAUCAGGGAGGAGCCAGAGCCACCGCCCCGCCUCCCCAGAACCCCCUUCCAGAGUGUCUCCCUCCCCCUGUGCAGUUCCGCCCUCCUCCAGCAGGGGGCUCUCUGUGCAGCGCGGGGCCCGGGGACCGCAGAGGCCCCGGCAGGUGAAGAUGACGCAGCUCUCGGGGAUGCAGAUGUUGGGCCGCAGAGAGGUGGUCCGACCCAGCAGCCCCACACUGGAGGAGCCCCGACACACACACACCUCACAGCCCCCUCCGCUCCCGCAGGCGGUCGCUGCUCCCCUGCCCCCCCCCAUAAGAAUCACCGUGCGAGUGCAGGAGCGAGCCUUCCUCAUCCCCAUCCCGCACAGUGAGGCAGACUCCUGUACGGUGUCCUGGCUGUGUGACCAGGCUGCCCAGCGGUACUACCAGGCCUGUGGGCUCCUGCCACGCCUCUCCCUGCAGAAAGAGGGCGCUCUUCUCUCACCGCACGACCUGCUACUCGCUGUGCUGCACACCAACGAGGAGGUGCUAGCGGAGGUGUGUUCCUGGGAUCUUCCCCCUCUACCUGAACGCUACAAAAAGGCCUGUCAGAGUCUGGCUACAGGUGAACACAGGUUGGUGUUGCGCCUGUGUGAGGUGCAGGAUGGGACCCCAUCGGUGUGCAUAUCUGGUCUCAGUCUGCCCCCUGCUGUUCUGACCCCGGUACUGCGCGCACUCAAACUGCAGGCCAACUUAACUCAGCUCCGCCUCUCCGGCAACCGUCUCAGCGAUGACCUCAUGCCCGAGCUGGUGUCCGCGGCCGCCACCAUGCCCAGGCUCCGCCUCCUGGACCUGUCUGCCAAUCGGAUUACGGGGGAGGGUCUGAAGAAGGCAUCCCUGACUUUGGAGGGGCGGAGUCAGCCAGCGUUUCCGUGUUUGGAGGAGUUGGUGCUGAGUGUGAACCCUCUGGGCGAUGCUGUGUCUGAGCCUCUGUCCUGCCUGCUGUUCUGCUGCCCCCUGCUGGCCACUCUGUCCCUGCAGGCCUGCGGCCUCAGCGCCCGCUUCCUGCAGCAGCAGCGCCUCCUGCUGGAGCGCGCUCUGUCCGGCACAGGUCAUCUGAGGUCAGUGAAUCUCUCCCAUAAUGCCCUGGGCUCUACCGGGUUCGAGCUGGUUCUGAAGACCCUGCCCCUCCGGUGCCUGACACACCUUUACCUGUCAGCUGUCCGGAGCGGGCCCAAUGACCCCCCCGUCACGAGCCGCCUGGCUGCCCUGCUGGCACAGCAGGAGGAGUGUGCUCUCACUCACCUCAGCCUGGCGGGAAAUGGACUGACAGACUGUGACCUCUCCACCCUGGCCAGGUGCCUGGCUGUCUGUCCGUCCCUGGUGUCUCUGGACGUGUCGGGGAACCCAGCGAUGACCUCACAGGGGCUGGAGCCCCUCCUCACAGCCCUGAGAGAGGGCCGUCGAACCCUGGACCUCCUCAACCUGCAGGGCUGUCAGGUGUGCGGGCCGUGGGAUGGUGGGACCCUGGACAGCCUCUCCUCCUGUGUGCGGAACCUGCAGCUCUGCUCCCAGCGGCUCAACAAGCUGGACCGCAAGGUUCUGCAGGAGAGCUGGGCAGCCCGGGGGGGCGGAGUCUUAUCCCGCUACGCCAAGUGUCUGCUCAGAGCUGCGCCCUCUCUGUGAGUCCGCUGCAGUGCCCCCGUCUGGACUGGAGGACUCACACCCGGAGCUCGGGUGAAGACUGCACUAUCCAGAGACUGGCGUUUGGAUCAAAAUGCAUAUUUAACCUGUCUCCUUACGUGAAUGUAUUGUGUGUGUGUGUGUGUGUGUCUUUUCAAAGUUUCAACAAAAAUGGAGUAUGUGAAUGUGUCUGCAAUGUGUUGUCCUUGCCGUGGUUGGUGAGGAUUAUUAAAGCAGGUUUUUUGUUUGUUUUUUUGCUGUUGGUGUCUUGGCAGAUGGAUUAAUGGACCUCCUCUCAAUGUGCACUACAGUCCCAGCAGUCAGCAGUUUUUCUUGUAAGCUCACUACCUUAAUUACAUUACCGGCAUUUAGCAGACAGACACUUUUACACAACACAUAGCUGGAGUCGAAUAAUGAACACAGAACACAUUCCUGCACCGCAGCAAUGACUUAAAUCUUGCAGUGUUAUUUCAGAAAUGCUUUGGUUCAUGUGUUGAGAAACGCAUAAAAACACAUGCUUUAUUAUGCUGACCGAAUUACCUUUCUUUCAUUUACUAUCUCAUGCCCACUGUAUUGAUUAAGCUCAUUUUACAACUAUCUUAAUUAUCAUUGGUCAGCCUUAAGAAAAAAAUUAAUUCUAUAUUCGUCACGUUAUCUAGGUAUUUCUGAAUAGGGCAUUUGGUUUUUUGAAUUCAAAUCUAAUGCACAUAUACAAGUGUUCUGUGGAAAGAGGAAGCAAGCGUAUUUUUCUUACAUCAUGACAAUUGCUGCAACAACUCGUCCAAUUAACUCUUACUGUGUACAUGUGGUCCCUGCUGUUGGAGUUGAAUCAUCUGGACAUAUUACUGUGCAUGAAUGACCAGUACUAUGUGAAUCGUAGGGCUAUCACAAAUACUAAUGCACCAGUAAGAUAUAGUUUUACUGCAUCAUUUUGUCAUUAUGUACCAGCAUCUAACUAAAUUGUAGAUCAUAAUUAAUCACAGGUUAUUACAAAACAAUUAUUUAAAACAAAUGAUUGAUAUUAACUCCAGACCCUAGUUUAUGUUACUAGUGCCACAAAUAUUCUCUCAUGACAGAUAUGACAUUUAGCACUUGUUACCAUGUUUCAGCUUGUGUGAAUUGUCACAACAACCAUUGUAGCUUCAAUUGAUGUAUGACACUGGCAUGAGUGGUUAUGACAUGUUUUUUCAUGUUUAUGAUCAUUACCACCGUGUUAAGGACUGUAGUUCAAGUUUUACCAGACAUGUUGGUAGAUAGAUAGAUAAGCAAUGCCCUUGUGUCAUUGCCAGUCUAUUCUGGUGACCACUUUGAAUGCCCGAAUGAGUGAGAGAACAAUUAUUUUUGUAGACUCAUUUUAUUAAUUUCUUGUCAUUAAGAGUGUAUUUGCACCAACUCGAACAAAGAAAACCAAUACACUGUUGCCAUGGAUGGCUCUAAAAUGAAACUAUCAAGGAAAUAAGAUCAAAAAAGAUUAAACUCAGGGCUGGCCCAUGCAACCCUUUGGCAUCGAUUCAUGUCAGUACAUCUGAAACUCAUUACAGUAUUACUCAGGGUUCCUUACGUUCGCUAUGGCAGAUUGGCUUUUUGAAGCAGGUAUUAAAGUAGCGGAACUGUGCUGAAGAUGCCUGGUGCAAAUAGCAUGUUACUGAUUUGAGCUGGCCCCAGGAAUUUGAUUAUUAUUCUCAUCAAUCAGGUUAUGUUUUAUGAUUUUUUGGAUCAGGCCAGGUCCAGGAUAGUC